CUCUCUCACUCUUUCUGUGUUGUGGUGCCUCUGUCUCUUUUACUGUUCUGUGUUGCUCUUCUCCCAAUUUCUAUAUGAUAAGAACAUUUCUACCCAGGGUGAUAGCAAUGCCCCCUGUUCACUAGAAUCAGCGGCUGCAAAAUAGUCUGCGUACCGAACUGUUCAUUUACAUAAAUCUCCAAGGGCCUGAGACUGUGUGGCCUUCUGCUGUCUAGCUGAUGAGUGUCGAGUGGACAUGAAGGAGUGGACAGUGGAGAGAGUGAGGAGGAGAGAUUGGAGAGCGUGAAGUACCAAUUACUUAGCCGACUGUGGGGGAGAAACAAGAUGGAGCGAGCAAAAUGGAGAAGACGAUAAAUAGGACCGCAUGCCUGUCCUCUAACUGUCGGGGAGGUGAAUUAGGAGAGGGUGAGUGAAAAGGUGGGGGGAGCCGAAGGAACUAAACAUGAUGAAGACUUCACUGAAAUGGAAAAGAAGGUGGACACUACCAGCAGGGCAGUGUUGGACAUUAUGACCAAGACCACUGAAUACCUGCAGCCCAAUCCAGCCUCCAGAGCCAAGAUGACCAUGAUCAACUCCAUGUCUAAGAUGCGUGGCCAGGAAAAGGGCCUGGGCUACACCCAGCCUGAGACAAUCCUGGGUGAAUCCAUGCAGAAGUUUGGCAGAGAACUCGGGGAAGAGUCCAACUUCGGCCUUGCGCUGAUUGAUGCUGGGGAGUCUAUGCGAGAGCUGGGGGAGGUGAAGGACGCUCUAGACAUGGAGGUCAAGCAGAACUUCCUCGAUCCGUUGCAGACCCUCCAUGACAAAGACCUCAAGGAGAUUGCGCACCACCUGAAGAAACUUGAAGGCCGUCGCCUGGACUUCGACUACAAGAAGAAGCGCCAGGGCAAGGUGACGGAUGACGAGAUCAAGCAGGCUCUAGAGAAGUUUGACGACACCAAGGAGAUAGCUGAGCUCAGCAUGUUCAACCUGCUGGAGAGUGAUCAGAUUGAACAGGUGAGCCAGCUUGCCGCUCUGGUCCAAGCUCAGGUUGAGUACCACCGACAGUGUGCCGAGAUCCUCACCCAACUGCAGUCCAAGAUGGAGGACCGGAUAAGGGAUUCCUCCAACAAGCCCAAGAAAGAGUUUGUCCCUAAACCACGUCAGUCCCUGGACUUCUCCAGUGAGAAUCACAAUGGAGGCAUUCAAGGAUCCAGGUCACCAGCACGGUCUCCAGCAAGGUCUCCAGGAAGGUCUCCAGCUCCUCUAGACCAGCCAUGCUGCAGAGCGCUGUAUGACUUUGACCCGGAAAACGAGGGCGAGCUGGGCUUCAAGGAGGGUGACAUUAUCACCCUCACCAACAAGAUUGACGACAACUGGUAUGAGGGCAUGAUCCACGGCAACUCCGGCUUCUUCCCGGUCAACUAUGUGGAUAUCCUGGUGCCCCUGCCCUAAGAUCGUUACCACAGCAACAAUGGCAAACGAGAAGCAGCUGUUUUCCCAGGCGACCAAUCCUGAUCCCUGCAUCCCUAGCUCCUGCCAUUCCCAAACGUUCCCGGAAACCACUCUUUUUUUUUUUAACUCCGUUAAAAAGGAGAUCAGUUUGGAAAAAACUCUAAAAUAAAAUAAGGAAAAAUAAGCACUGGUCCCGUUUGGAAGGCCAUCAGAGACAUUUACCAUCUAACCAAUUCUAGAAAUUGCAGAACUACAGUUGGUUUUUCCAGAAAAGAGUGUUUCUUGUUUUUGACCUGCUUCCUUCAGGAGCUAUUGUAGUUCCUCUAUCCUUGUCAUUCCUGGCUUUGUCUAGUUUUACUUUCAUAAUGGCUGUUACACUCCUUUUUAGUAUUUCGUGGAAACGUCUAGGCUAGCUUCCUUUUCUCACUGUCACAUACCGUACUGCUGGGCUAAUAACUGGUCAGUUAAGACUCACGUUCCACAGUUUGUUAGAUACUGUAGAUCGGGCAUGUUUCAGUGUUUUAUCUUAUCAGAUUUACGUCUUCUAAGUAUGUUCAAGCUAAAUGUCAGACUACUCCCGUUUAAAAAGGGCAACCUUCUGUUUUCAUGCAUGGAUAGUUUCUCUGAGAGACCAUGUCCAUUUCAUGCUAAACAACAGAUGUAUCUUUCCCAGGGACCCCCCUUGGUUUCUUAUGUAAUAGUUACAGGCGCACUCGCCACCCUCCAGUACAGCACUGAGAUGGUGUUCAACUGAAAAUGAGAUCUGUAUGGGUUUAAAUUCUGGAUCAGUCAUGUAUCAUUGAAUUAGGACACAAACAGCCCUCCCCCCUGCCAAUGGUCUGACCCCUAGUCAAUGUUGUAUCCGAAGGUGUAGUUUGUUUGCGAUGUCCAAUGUUUUGCUGGCAUUACGUACCUCACGAGUCCUCUGAGUUCCAGGUGUCUCGUGAUUGCAAUAGUUAUAUUUGAGCCAAGGGUCAUCAAUUUGUGAUGGUUAUUUGCGGAGCCAAAAAAAAGACUAAAUCGUGACGUUCAGUCAAUUUAAGUGGAGUGUUAAGCAAAAACUGGAAUUAAUGUUUACGGAAACAAAAGAAAAACUUCUAUAUUUAGUCUUUUUAAGUGCCGUAUAGCAAAAACUGGAACCAGAUCCAUAAGAAGAAAAAUCUCAAUGUCUGUUUUAUCGAUGACGUAGAAAUUUGUGAAAAAUGGUUGAUGUAUUGUGCUAUAACUUAUAGGAAUUUACCACAUAUUGGAGUUAGCUGUAUUCUCUUCAACCUUUGUCAACGUUGUUUUUGCUGCAUCAGAAUGUCUGUUAGUUGGUAUUCAGUAUAGUUUAACUGUCUAUGUCAUCCAACCAGAACUAGCUUUAGCUGACAAUGCACAGUCCAAUACUCAUACAAGGGUAGGGGAAUUUAUAAGCAAUGCAGGCUCUAUCCGAAAAGGGAACAUUUAAUAAAUAGUGAACAUCAACGCACCUUUCAUUCCAGGGUACUUGUAUUGAUAACCAGAUUCAAAUUCCCCAAACACCUUACCUGAUAUCCAAAUUCUGUCAAGCAAUUUACAGCAGCAUUCUUCUCUGAGGGGUCCAGACCUGAAACAACACAUACAAUAUGUUACUUAUUACUGGUCCAUACUGGCUCUGUAGGUCUGUUGACUCUGUUUUUUGUGGGUUGUCCCCUCGUCUUAUCCCAGGAACGAGCCCAUGCUGUAUACCCAACAGAAAGAUUUCUAAAGCAACAAAGAUGGUUGCAAAUGCUAAAGCUACUGGUUACCGCUGGCGCUGGCUCGGUUUUGUUCAGCAUGUUGAACGAUUUCAUUACCAGUGGCUUGCCUGUUCACGCAUUUUCCCUUCUGCAGAUCCUAUGUGGGACUGUAUAUAAGACAGGGCAAUAAGGAAAGAUUCACCCUUUUUAUCACGUGUGUGUGUGUGUGUGUGUGUGUGUGUGUGUGUGUGUGUGUGUGUGUGUGUGUGUGUGUGUGUGUGUGUGUGUGUGUGUGUGUGUGUGUGUGUGUGUGUGCGCAUGGUUUGGUUGGGCAGAGGUUGGGAGGUGCUCUGACCAGGCUGAAGGGGUUGUAUGAGUCUCGGUUGGCCUUCUAUGAUUAGUAUGAAGUUCUUGAUUUGUUCUGGCAGUAUUACUUUCCCUUCAGUGAAACCCCCCUGGAUAUAUCUGUUUAAGGACCAGUUCAGUAUGUACAGCAAUGAUACUAUCACUGAAGCCAAACCAACUGAAAGCCCAUCUAAAGUGUGUGUGUUUUUUAAGGGAAGCACAACUUUUAACUAAAAAGUCUAGGUUGUUAAGCAGAGAUUUAGCUUAACAGACUGUGCAUACAUUUUCUUUUUAAAAGGAUAUAUUUCCUUCAUUCUUUUCUCUAUAUUUUUUUAACAAUUAUUGUGUGUGUAUCUUUGCCCUCAAUGAGGACUGUACAGCUCUUUUUGUGUUUUGAUUUUGCCUUGUGUUAAUGUAUAGUCACGCAUCUACAGUAUUGUAUCUUAUUUUUGUAACUGUGAUAAAAUAUAUACAUAUAGAUGUAUAUAUAAUACAGUAUAUAGUAAUUACAUAGAACCAAUGUAAUGGGAGGGGUUAUUGUGCUGAACACAAUUGUUGUUUUUUGGAUUCUUUUUUCUCUUGUUUUAUCCCAAAUUACAAGACAAUAUGCUUGAUGUUUAAAAUCUGUCAAUGUAACUUAUUGAAAUAAACACCAAGACACGGUUAA